AUGGCCGAUUCCCGCAUUCCUGUAACUGUUCUCACUGGCUUCUUAGGAAGUGGAAAGACAACUUUACUCAACUAUAUCCUCAAGAACAGUCAACAUGGAAAAAGAGUAGCUGUUAUAGAAAACGAAUUUGGGGAGGUAUCUGUGGACGAUUCCCUUGUGGUUGAUGCUGGACAAGAAAUCUUUGAGACCCAAAAUGGCUGCUUGUGCUGCAAGGUCAGAGGGGAUCUUAUACGUAUAUUACACCAGCUGAUCGAUGAACGUAAAGGCCAGUUUGACAUGGUAUUGAUUGAAACAACCGGAAUGGCGGAUCCAGGACCGGUAGCUCAGUCAUUCUUUGCAGACGAGCGGAUCCAGGAUGCUUUCAGGAUUGACGCUAUUGUGACUAUGGUGGAUGCCAAACACAUCGCCCUUAGUUUAGGAGACACAGAAGAGGGGGCAACAGUUGAGAAAAGAGAAGAAGCAUACCAACAGAUUGCAUUUGCAGAUGUUGUCUUACUCAACAAAACCGAUCUAAUUACACAAACUGAACUCGAGACCUUGGAGAAACGUAUAAAAAGAAUCAACGAUGUGCCCAUAAUUCCCUCUGUCUAUGGAAAGGUGGACCUGAACAACAUAUUAGCUAUUGGAGGAUUUGAUUUGGAUCGUGUUCUUGAGCGUGAACCUGCGUUUUUAAAUACAAAAUCAGAUGAUCACAGCCACAAACCACAUGUAGGUAUCCAUCAGGGAGAAAUUACUUCUGUGGGUAUCUGUGAGGUUGGUGAGGUAGAUUAUGAUCUUCUCAACCGGUGGAUCCAGAGUGUACUUGCUUCCAUGGGAAAAGAUAUCUAUCGUAUGAAGGGUAUUUUGAAUGUGCACGGAGAAGAGGACCGCUAUGUAUUUCAAGGUGUUCAUAUGAUGAUCGAUGGCCAACAGGAUAGAGCAUGGCGUGCAGAUGAAGACAGGACAAACAAAUUGGUUUUUAUUGGAAAAAACCUCAAUCGAACAGCUCUUAUUAGCAGCUUUCAAAAAUGCCUUGUCAAAGAUACUUCUAUUACACUCUAA